AAUGUCAAGUGAAACCCCGCCCCAUCUUCUGUUUCUAUGCGACCCACAUCCGUUCUUAGAAUACAUCCAUGCCCAGAUCCCCUGUGCCGCGUUACGUCAUAUGGAAUCAUCCAUUUUCAAACGUUUAAACUACAUCAACACUCCAGUAGCAAAGACGACCCGCGCCACACUGAAGCUAAAUAACACGAGAAAAGGCAUCCAACAGUCGUCACUUAAGGGCGAAGAUGAAUUCAUUGUCUGUGCUGUGUCUGUCAGUUCUCUUGUUUCAUACUCAUUUUUCACUGGCCAGGAAAGGAGGCAGCUUUGGGAAAGGCAGCUUCGGCUCAAAGAAGUCCACCUCACACAACAGAGGCAGCACCAACACUAACAGUAAUGCAAGCAAAAAAAAUAAUCAGGGCUCCAGCUCUCAGGGUGGAUAUGCCAAACAGCCUGGACAACCCAAUCAGGGAGGCUACCCUAUGCAAUCAGGCAGACCUGGGUAUCCAGGUAAUUACCCCCAGCAGCCAGGUGGAGGCUACCAUAACCAGUUUCCAGCACGGGGCUCCCCGUACAGUCAUGGUGGUUAUGGAGGUGGAUACAUGAACUACAACCCAAACAACAGAGUCCUGAGCCCUCGCUAUGGGGGCAGCUUUGGAUAUGGGGGCCAUGGCACUGGGAGCGGCUCUCCCUUUUCCCACUCAGUUCAGUCGAUGGGCAUGUAUCCCUCUGAUAAAUCCAGAGGGUUUGGACGGAGUGCGGUGAUGGCAGCAGCUGGAGGGGCUAUGGCAGGGAUGGCCCUGGGCUACGGGCUAGGAAGGUUCCCCCGUCCCCACUACCAGUUCCACAACAGCCAAGAGGAGCAAUACUACAACAACUACAUGUACAGGAAAUAUGGUACCAAGUCUACUGAUAGCAAUGACUACAGCAGAGACUACAGCUACAGCAAACCCCCUGAAACCUAUGACAGCUACAUGGACUCCUGCAUGAAGAGAACCGACAUUCUGCCUGCGGAGAAUCAAAAGCCAAACAACAAACCAGCUGUUACCACCACAACUUCUGUCACCCCGGCUCCAGACACUGGCACAGGCAGCAACACAACGGAGAACAACAACACUGCAGCAGAUAACUCCUCAACCACUGCACCUACAAGUACACACCCCCUAAAUGAGCCUGUAGCCAAUCCUGUGCCUCCAGCUUCACAGGCUGUCAGUAGUGCUGAAGAGGAUGACACAGUUAGCAUUGUGGAGAUCGGCUACCCGGCACUGAUUGAGCAGAUGAAGGCCAGAAGAUGCUUGGAGCUGUACAUGGUCUACUCUGAAAAGUACUUGAAGAGAGUGACGGGUGGCGUUCAGGGAUUGAGUAUGGGCUCGCGAGGGCUUUUAGCUGUGGUCAUUAGUACUACACUGAUGCUAUUGAAUAGCAACAUGCUAGUGCUGCUGCACUGAGGCUUUCAUUAGCAGUGAAAGUGAUGGAUCAUGUUUUAAAGGAAUGAAGGUAAUGGGUGGAAAAGAUUAGGGAGAGAGGAACCUCUUGCCUUUUAAUGAGUUUCUUUACUGUGUGUGGAUUUCUACAUUUUAUUUUUUCUUAAUAUUUGAGCAAUACAUUCUCAUGUAUGUGCUUGAAUGGCACCACACAGCUGACAGGACAAAGAGAAAGCGUCAUUAACGGUACUCUAAUACUAAAAGCUUGGUGAAGUAGUCUGGCCCAUUAGAGAUACAAUUACAACAAACCCUUUUUAUUGUUUGACUGUUUGACACAUCUCUGCCCACAAGUUAAUAAAAACCCCACAUUGCACACUCUCUAGCCACAGAAAUAAUCAGUGGCACUACCACAGCCAUUAGAGAUACAAUUACAACAAACACUUUUUAUUGUUUGACUGUAGAACAAUCUCUGUCCACAAGUUAACAAAAAAACACAUUGUACACUCUCUAGCCACAGAAAUAAUCAGUGGCACUACCACUGAUUCGUCUUUCUGUGUUUGUGAUGUGUGUUUCAGAAAAAAAAUUCAAGAAAACUGGGUCUUCGUUGGGUUGUUUUUUUGUCUCAGAGAAAAAAAGCAUCUGAGAGGGGUUAGUUUGCACCUGUGGGGCUGGUACAAACCCUGUCAUGGUGAUAAUCUGCAUAACUUUUUUAACAAACAACAAUAAUGGACAUGCACUUUUUAAGUAUGGUAUGAGUAUGUUAACUACAGGGAGGUUGAUGUUGGAGGACUGUCUGAUUCAAGGACAGUUCAGUGAGUUGGUUAGGGAAUAGUGUUUUAAAACUAUCAAUAAAAACUGGACUCUUUUUGUGAAAUAUUCUAUUGGUCUACUAUUACAAAUAUAACUGCUUCAGACUAGACAAUUCUACACUAAGAGCAUGACUAUUUGUAAUGGAUCAUAUCUACUCAUUUCAUAUCAAGGUCUACUGAAAUCCAGAAACUCAAACCAAAAAGGCUGAUUAUUAUAUCUGUCGGUAUAAUUUUAUUUGGAUAAACAGACCCUCUAAAUAUACAGACAAUAGUAUGCAUGCUCUCAUCCAAACCCUUCUUAAAAUAUUUAUUAUUAUUUGGAAUCAAAACAAAAUAAAGUGCGCUAUACCUGAAUACUUAUGUAUGUUGUUAUAACCUUUUCCGUGUGUACUGCCCUUGCCUUUUACAGUGUGUGUAUUUUCAGAUUUUUUUGUAUACACUUGCCUCUUCCUCCCUUCUAUCCAAUUUUUUGUCUCCCUCUUUUGUCUCUGGGCUAUUCCCUGAGCCAAAUUCAUCUCCAAAUCCUACUGAAUGUCAUCUUUCAUUAUCAGUUGAGUUAAUGGUUACUAAGCCUGCAUAUCAAGAUGUGUACAGUACAGUACAUAGGAUUUAUACAAUCAUUUUUCUAAUCAUAAAAGCUGAUUACUUAAAAAAAACUAUGUAAAAGGUAUUCACUGGAGUUUAAUUGCAAACAAUUCAAAUUCAAAAUGUCUCUACAGGGUAUGAAAAAUUGUAAUCUGAAAAGUAAAGACUGUCAGACAAAUGUAGCGGAGUAAAAAGUACAAUAUUUCCCUCUGUAAAUGUAGUGGAGUAGAUAAAAAGUAGCACAAAAUGGAAAUACUCAAGUACAAGUACUUCAAAUUUGUACUUUGUAGUCAAUGUACUUAGUUACAUUCCGUCAUGACCACUAUAACCAGGCGAUUCACAUUUCAGCAGCAGUCACUAAACUACAGUUAUAACAAACACUUUUUAUUGUUUGACUGUAGAACAGUCUGAUCAAAAACUCCACAGUGUACCUUUUAAUGUGUUGGUAUAUGUAUCCUAUGUUAUCUUAUAUCUGGCUUUGAAUGUAUUUGAAUGUGCAAAGUCAUGUACCGCUUUUAAAGACAUGGAUGCCUUUUACUGUGAGGGAUCACAUUUACUGUGCUGCUGCAGCUUUUACUGAAUACUGAGGCUUGACUUGCACUUUUUGCUUGUCUUGUCAAAUAAACUUAUAAACUUUACCAAUA